AUGACUACCAUUGAUAAUAUCAUCGAACAACCAAUUACAUAUAAACCAAAUAAAAGAUGGGAUAGUGAUGAGGUCAUUAUAAAAAAGAAUCAAAUACCCCAUAAUGGUGCUGAUAAAGCUGAUGAAAAUGAGAAUAAUGAAAACAUUACCAACAACAACAACAACAACAACACCACCACUACUACUACUGCCACUACUAACAAUGAAGAAAAUGAAGAAAAUGAAGAGGGAACAGUUAUAGUUAGCAAAUUAUCAAAAAAACAAAAUAAUAAUAUUAAUAACAAUAACAACAAUAAUAUUAAUAAUAAUAAUAAUAAUAAUAAUAAUAAUAAUAAUAAUAAUAAUAAUAAUAUUAAUAAUAAUAAUAAUAGUAAUUGCAAUAAUAGUAACAAUAAUAGUACAUUUGUUACAUUUACAACAGGAUCAAGUAGUUGUGGAGGGAGUAGUAAUUAUAGUAAAACAUUUAGUAACCAAUUUAAAGAGUCAUCGUCAAUCGAUCUUUGUAUGAUGUGGUUACAAAAAAGUAUUGAAAAAAAUACAUUACAAGAACAUAUUUGUGAAAGAAUCUUAAAAUUACCUGAUAAAGAUUUUCAAUUUUAUUUACCUCAGAUUGUACAUGUAUGUGUUGUAUAUAAUCAUGAACCAAUAGUAUUGAUGUUAUUGGAGAAAUGUAGAGCAUCAUUUAUUAUAGCGGCACAAUCAUUUUUUUUAAUAGAAUCAAUUGUAAAGGAUAAUCAUCCAAAAACAUAUAAUAAUGCGAAAUAUUUAUGGAAAAGGUGUGAACUAGCAUCAAUUGGUCAAGAUUCUUUAUAUGAUAAUAGUAAUGGGAGUAAUAAUAAUAAUAAUAAUAAUAACAAUAAUAAUAAUAAUGAUAUAUCAUCUGCAAAUGAUUUAAAUAAUAAAAGGUAUACAACUACGACAUUACCAUCAUUUGAUUUAAGAAGAAAGGAAAAAGAUCCUGAUCAAUUAUCUGAUAGUUCAACAUUAAUCAUUGAUGAUUGGAUUGAACAACAACAACCAAAACAAAGACAACAACAACUAGAAGAAUCUUUAUUAGAUGAUGUAGUUGAAGACUUUGUAAAGAUUUCAAUACCUGAAUAUAACGGUUUUCAACAACAACAUCAACAACAACCACUGCAACAGGAACAACAAGAACAAGCAUCACCAACAUUAUCACCAUCAAUUAGUAAUAAUAAUUUUAGUUAUAGUACAUUUAUUAAUAAUCCACCAAAGAAUCAAACUGAUAAACCAAUUUUAGCAUCAACAUCUACAAAUUCAUAUACUUUCUUUUUCGAUUUAUUACAAGUUGAAAUUGAGGAUUCACAACAAACACCUGUAAUUACAGGUGCAUCAAACGAUGAAACAGAGAUUCAACCACCAAAAAUACCAUCUUCAUUAUUUGGUGGUCCAUCAUCACCAGUUUCACCUUCAUCACCAUCAUCAUUAUCACCUUCAACUUCAACUUCUUCUUCUACUUCUUCAUAUAAACAAACUAACAAUAAUAAUAAUAAUAAUAAUAAUAAUAAUAAUAAUAAUAAUAAUAAUAAUAAUAAUAAUAAUAAUAAUAAUAAUAAUAAUAAUAAUAAUAAUAAUAAUAACUAUAAUAAUAAUAAUAAUAAUAAUAAUAAUAAUAAUAAUAAUAAUAGUAAUAAUAAUAAUAAUAAUAAUAAAUUAAAUGAAGAAGUAACAACAACAACUACAACAACAACGACAACUACAACAACAACUACAACAACAACUACAACAACAACAACAAUAUUAAAUAAUAGUAUUAUUUUACCAAGUAAAAAGAGAUUUAAUUAUAGACAAUUUUAUUCAGAGAUUCAUUUUAUAAAUAUAUUAUCAAGAAUUGGUGGAUUUUUAUUAACCAUUCCAAUGGUAACUGAUAGAUCGAAACAAAGGGAUAUGAGAAAUGUAACAUUAAGAGUUAUAUUGAAACAAUUGAAUGAUCAAAUGUUUUCUGAUGAUAAUAAAAUAUUCUUACCAGUUUAUCCACCAUUUUUAGUAUUAUCAAUUGUAUCAGAGGAGGCAGUUUGUUUAAAUUCAAGAGAUAGAAUUCCAUUUUUAAUUGUAUUGGAAGUUAAAAAAAGUAGAGAUUCAUUACUUUAUCAAGAUCCAAAUUAUCAAAAAGAUACUGAUGAAAAAUUAUUUGAAGAGGAAGAAGAAGAAGAAUGUGAAGAUGAUGAUGAUGAUGAUGAUUAUGAUCAAGAUGAUGAGUCAUCAUCAUCACAUCAUCAUCAAGAGAUUGAAGUUGAAAUUGAAGAGGAACUACCAUUAUCACCCGAAUUACAACAAGAAUUACAACAACCACAACAAAUUCAAGAAGAUAAAUUAAUUAUUUUAAAUAAUAAUAAUAAUAAUAAUAAUAAUAAUAAUAAUAAUAAUAAUAAUAAAGAUGAAAGUUGUAAUUUUAAAAAAAUAAUUGAACAAGAACAAGAAGAAGAAGAAGACAAAUUAAUUAAUUCAUCAAAUUUAAAUUUAUUUUCAUCAUCAUUAUCAUCAGGAGGUUCAUCAAAUAAUAUUAUAACAAAGAAAACUAAAAGAUUUAUAAAGAAUGUUAUUACAAUAACAAAGAAUACAUCAAAGAGAAAGAGGAAACCAAGAGAUUUGUCAAGUCCAAUUUAUACUAUAUUUGGAGAGUUAUGGAAACAAAAAGAGAAUAGAAUUUAUAAGACAUCGAUGAUGUCACAUCAUGAUGGUUGGGGUUUAAUUUCUUUCAUUGUAAAGAGUGGUGAUGAUUUAAGACAGGAACAAUUUGCAAUGCAAUUGAUUACUCAAUUUCAUAGGAUUUUCAAACAGUGUAGACUUCCACUUUGGUUGAGACCUUAUUUGGUGAUUGCAACAGGUCAUGACUCUGGUUUAAUUGAAACCGUUCCCGAUACAAUCUCAUUGGAUAAUCUAAAGAAAAAAGAUACAGCGUUCACAACUUUAUUGGAUUAUUAUAUUCGUUGUUAUGGUGAUGUUAAUUCAAAAUCAUUUGCAAAGGCUCAAGCAUGUUUCAUAGAAUCGUUGGCUGGUUAUUCAUUGGUUUGUUACUUUCUUCAAAUUAAGGAUAGACAUAAUGGCAACAUUCUAAUUGACACACGUGGUCAUUUAAUUCAUAUAGAUUACGGUUUCAUUUUUUCAACAAGUCCAGGUUCAAUGAAUUUUGAAAAGGCUCCAUUCAAAUUAACUAAAGAAUUUAUCGAUUUAAUGGGUGGUGUAGAGAGUGAUCGUUUCGAAUACUUUACAAAACUAUUGGUUGCUGGUUUCGUGGAAAUUAAAAAACAUUAUGAGGAGUUUAAAAUGAUGAUUGAAUUAUUAUUACCUCAUACAAAUCUUUCUUUUAUUGUAAAAGCUGGUGAAUCCUCAUUAGACUCUUUCAAAGAUAGAUUCAAAUCAAAUCUAACAACUGUUGAACAAUGUGAACAAUUCGUUUUGGCUUUAAUUAAUCAAUCUUUAAAUAAUUGGACAACUGCUUCUUAUGACUCUUAUCAAUAUUAUACAAAUGGUAUUAAUAUUUAA